AUGUUAUUACAAAAGAAUAUUCAAAUCAACACAUCACCAUCAUCAUCAUCAUCAUCAUCAUCAUCAUCAUCAUCAUCAUCAUCAUCAUCAUCAUCAUCAUCAUCAUCAUCAUCAUCAUCAUUAGACUAUUCGAUGAUACCAAAAUCAAUAGUGCACAAAAUAAUUGGAAAUUAA